AUGUCGCAAGUCGAAGACUGGUCCGAUGGCGACUUUGACCUGGAGCACACCGAGCUGCGUACAGACCACACGGCGUUACAGGAUGUCCACCAACUGCAUUCCUCGCGUCCAGAGCCAAAUCCCGGGCCAAGUUGGGAUGACGACUUUCCCGAGGAUGACCACGAUGAAGGCUCGGACGAGCAGACGGACACGAUCAAACUCUCCACGGCCGCUAGCUCAGCUUUGAAGCUCAUGCUCGCAGCCAGCAAAGCUUCCACGUCUGGCUCUUCGAUCUCUCCCAACGAUCUGCUCGACGAUCGACCUCGACCUCCAGCUCUCGACCUGAAUCGCAUUUCUCAGUAUGCCGCCGCCGAUCGUAUCAUCGACGAUGCCUACGGACGACGAAACACACAGGCGUGCUCCAUCGCGAGUCUCAGCACCUCGGCCAGCACAAGCGGGCGCAGCACCAUGGGCCUCUCUACUGACCUCACUGACCCCGAUAGCCCUCACAGCAAGAACGGAGGCGCUCAUCGCGCGUCGAGCGUCUCUUCCCGUAGUUCGCUUCAUGCUCGAUCCGAUCUCGACAUCCAGUUCUCCGAGACCGAGGACGCGCUCGAGAUGGAUUUCGAGCUGGAACCUGACAUGAACAACCUCAGCCUCUGCUCGUCUCUGUCGCGGGCCCGCUCCAACACCUCACUCAGCCAGGUCAGCAGAGAAAUUUGGGACGACGAUGCUGGUUUCAACGCUGCUCUUUCCAGUACGACGCACACUUCGUCCUCGUCACUGCAUCCACCCGCCUUCCCAGAACACCCGCCUUCCGUCAAGAGCUUGUCGGGCGAAAGCGAUGCGGACGACGAGCACGAAGAUUUGCUCGAUGGUCUCGACCUUGAAGGCAGCGUCUUUGGAAAAGCACCGAAUGCAGACAACCAGUCCGCUCCCGAAGUCAAGGCCAAGUUGGAAGCAAUGCUCGACCUAAAGCGGUCGGGUCAAGUCUCCACUCCUGCUGCUGACCGCGGUCACCCUACCGACUCUGACACAGCCAUCGCCGCAGGCCUCGUGAUCGACGAAGACUUUGAUCUGUCCACUAGUCGCAUCGCUUCGCGUACUCUGCCUUCAAAAUUGCAUCGCCCUUACAACACACGAAGCGCAAUGGCAAAGCGAGGCGUCGACUUAUCAGAGCCGCAAGCCGACGAGCGCCGCCAUCCUCGUACUGCCUCUCAACACAGCGAGGUCAGCUCCGUCCGAUCACCCGAUACGCGCUCUGAGAUCCGUGGACCUGGUCGCAACCGUCUCCGGUUCAAACGUUCCGCGAGUGAUCUUGCUUCGCACGUUUCUGCUGCGGCUGCUUCCAAUUCAUCCUCGUCUUCGUCCCAUCGGCCGCCCAAUCGUGGCAGUCAGCUCGUACGCAAAAGAUCUCUACCCACCAUGAGAACUUUGCCUCCCGCCAAUGCAUCCACUUCAGCCGUUCCAGCCCUUGACAACGCAUCCUCCGUCUCGGUGCGUCAGCGCCAAAACAGCGGCAACAGCGCCGUAUCUUCGAAUUCGCGCUUCAGGAUUAGAGGCGGCUCGAGGCUCACCGACUCCACUGCUGCCUCGCGUGCAAGAGCUGCGGAGACAGCCGCAGAUCAUAUGUCUCGUCUGCAGAGGGACGCGAGUGCCCCUGCUCGACCCAGCACUCCGGUCUCUUUCUCCCACCGUCCUGCGCAUCAGCCAGCAUCGCGCAUCUCGGUCAACACGCGUGCGAAGACUAGAUCGGAUCUUGAGCGUCGUGGCUCUUUGGGUGAGAGCCAACCCGUUGCCCGUUUGCUCAAGCGCUCUGUCCCUUACGGCAAUGGCGCUGAGCUCGAUGGGAUCGACGAUCUGCCCAAUGCGACCAGUCCCGACCUCGUGCAAUCGGUCCGACCGCCAGCCUCGUCUGAAAAGCCUAACAAGAAUCGUGUUCCAGCAGCGACGGCUGUUUCCACCGCACUCGCGCCGGCUCGUGAGAGUCAGUCCAAGCGCGGCGGUCGGCGCGGCAAGAGGAGCAAGCCAGCUCUGAUCCGGUCACUCGGUGCUGGUGCUGGCGCUUCGCCCGCGCAGAAGAGCGUCAAAGGCAUGCGCUGGAACGCCCAGGCGCUUCGAUGGGAGGGCAACGAGGGUGUGCUUCGCGACUUUGAUCAGGUCAUCCAAAGCAGUGUUCGGCCUGCGCUCAUCUCUCAGAUGACGGGCAGCUCCACUAGCUCGGCGCUCACGCAUGCCGCUGGCUACUCGUCGCCUUUAUCGCCAGAGAGCAGCAGUCUCAUGAACAACAUCGCUUCUGGCGCUCGGGUGGUGGGCGAUAUGCUCUUUGAUCCUGUACAGAUGCGAUGGGUGCACAAGUCGGGCGCCGAGGAGGAGGAUGUGUUUGCAGAGUUCGACGAGCCGCUCGAGGAUGGGGAUUCUUCGCGUGAUGCUUCCGCUUUCAAGCUCACAGUCGACGGGGACAACACAGUUCGCGCUCGCAGGACAAGGUCGACCGAGGCUUUCAAUCGCACUUCCAACCCAUGGGCCCGUCUGAGCGAAAAGCAGGAUGCAGCCGUCGACAACAAUGUACUCGAGCGCAGCCUUGACCGCAAAAACGAUCAGGCCAUCCGCCGAGCCUUGUCCAGAAGCGCCUUUGCUCCCAGCGUCGGCAUUGACCGCGAACUGUGGGAUGCCUGCGUGCAAGCCGAGAAGCGCCACACUGCCGAAAUCGAUGGAUGCUUGCCACACCCCACCGCAUCGCGGUUUCGCAGUCGAACACGCUCGUGUACUUCGGAUCGCCCCAUGACGUUGGAUGAGAUUGAUCGUCCGCGCCCGCAUCUCUAUCAUUUGGAAAAGAUCGCUAAGAGCAUCAUCAAGCCUGAAGGUAGGUUGUGA